ACGGGGGGCAUUUAAGACAGAACCUGCGGCUGGUCGUGGCCACAGCUGCAAGACCCAGAGGCGGACCUCGCCGGCUCGGGAAGAGGGGAAGAAGCCACCCUUGAGAGCGCUGCCACCCCGCCUGGCUCCCGCUGCCUGGAAACAAUGCUCUUAGCCACGUUCAAGCUGUGUGCCGGGAGCUCCUACAGACACGUCCGCAACAUGAAGGGGCUGAGGCAUCAAGCUGUGCUGGCCAUCAGCCAGGGGCUGAACCGGAGGGCACUGGGGGACCCGACCUCGGGGGCGUGGAUUAACCAGGUUCGGCGUCGGAGUUCUCUGCUCGGCUCUCGGCUGGAAGACGCUCUCUACAGUGACCAGGAGCUGGCCUAUAUCCGGCAGGGAGAGGAGGCCAUGCAGAAGGCCCUGGGCAUCCUCAGCAGCCAGGAGGGCUGGAAGAAGGAGAACCAGCAGGCGAAUGGGGACACUGUCCUGAGUAAAGUGGUCCCCGAUACGGGCAAGGUAUUCCGGUUGGAGGUGGUGGUGGACCAGCCCAUGGAGAGGCUUUAUGAAGAGCUGGUGGAGCGCAUGGAAGCAAUGGGAGAGUGGAACCCGAACAUCAAGGAGAUCAAGGUCCUGCAGAAGAUCGGGAAGGAUACAAUCAUCACCCAUGAGUUGGCUGCAGAAUCAGCAGGAAACCUCGUGGGGCCCAGGGACUUCGUGAGUGUGCGCUGCACCAAGCGCCGAGGCUCCACCUGUGUGCUGGCCGGCAUGGCCACACGCUUUGGGGAGAUGCCCGAGCAGAAAGGGGUCAUCAGAGGUGAGCACGGUCCCACUUGCAUGGUGCUCCAUCCUCUGGCUGGAAGUCCCUCGAAGACCAAACUCACCUGGCUGCUCAGCAUUGACCUCAAGGGAUGGCUGCCAAAGACCAUCAUCAAUCAGGUCUUAUCGCAGACCCAGGUGGACUUCGCCAACCACCUGCGCAAGCACCUGGAGUCCAGCCCUGCUCCUGACGCCAGGUGUUAAAGACCAGCCUGUGCCUCCACCUGUUCCUGGCUGUGCUGGCUCGCCUGCUCAUCAGAUCCCUGCUGACGAUCUUCAUCCGGGGACUGUGGAAUGGGCUGGGGUGUAUUUAGAGUAGGAUGCUGGGACUGGCAAAAUUUUAGGACCAAGAAAAUGGGGACAGAGCUUUUAAAAGAAAGAGCUUUCUAACUCUAUUCAAUGAUUAGCUGUGAAAUGAAGGUGAAGGGUUACAACAGAUUUGUAAAACUCCUGUCUAGCCCUUACACGUCUAUUUAAAAACAUCUUUAUAAAAUGCUACUAGCUGAUACAGAGUGCAGAGGGACCUCCUACUUAGGGGCUCAAGAGCUCCGUUCUCUGCAGGCAGUGUGUGGGGUCUAAAAAGGGACUCUGGCAACCCUCUGCUCCUCUACCAAACAGGAAGAGAGCUGCACCGACGACCAAGCAACUCCUCCCCCCAGCAGAUGCGUUCUAGAAAUGUAGCCUAAGUGUUCUUGACUGAAAAAAACACGAAACUAAUUAAACUAGUUACCCUACUUCUUCCAUGAGCACCAGUCAGAAUAGUCAUAACUAAGACACAAACUUGUCUGUACCUGCUUAAAAAAUUCUACUCUUAAAAAAAUAAUUAUUCUAGUAAAUUGCAACUUCAUGCUAAAGGA